AUGUCGUUGCCCAAUAUACCAUCGCGACUUUCUCCUCCGGCCGGGACGAGUUUGAGCGCGCUCCUCAACUCCGCUUCGGAGACGUUCGACAACUCGGCCACGACCAUAUCGGAGGAAGGGCGGGAUGAAGAUGAGGAUAGCAAGCGGGAUCUGGGAAAGAGGGCCGAGGCGCCCAAGCGGGGAUAUCGGGCGUGCGUCCAUUGUCGUCUCCGCAAGGCCAAGUGUGACCUUGGGGAUGUGAAUGCGCCGAGCGAGCCGCCUUGCACGCGUUGCAGGAGGGAACAGAGGAACUGCGUCUUUCUGCCUAGCAAGAGGAGGCGGAAGACCAAUACGGAUGCGGAGCAGUCGCCCGAGCUAUCUGUUGCUGCUGCUGCCGCAGCGGCAGCGAGCAUGUCUACGCCCCGCCAUCAGCCGCAGCCUCUGGCGCAGACCCCUCAGUCAGCAGGCGCAGGACCAUCGCAUCCUCCGGCUAGCUGGCAGGUGCCCCUACAGACGGCCAACCAGACCUUUCAGGGCUGGCCAGAAUCCAUCUCUACCUCUAUCUUCCGCGAUCCCAUCCCAGCCUUUUCUUACCCCAAUCCCCCGCAGACAUCUACUACCUACCCCUCCGUACCGCCUCCUACGGCACCGGUCGAGCUCCGCCAAUACCCCGACUUCCCCCCUACCGAUAACCAGACCGGCGCCACUCCCGCAUCUAUGGAUUCUACCUCCACUUCGGCGCUCUCUCCCGCCGCUCGCGCCAAGCGAAGGCAGACCAACAAUCCAGAUGCCACGCGCCGGAUCGUCGUGGCUAAUUUCUCGAAUGAGACGGACGCGCUGGAGAUCUUGGCGGACGCAGCUACGGAUGGGGAGGAGAAGGAGCGGCUCGCAAACGAGGAGGACUCGAGAGCUCGGCGCGUUCAGUUCAAGGACGAGGCGGAUAUCUCGGACUUCCUUUUGGUCCAGCAAGGGAUCAUCUCCGAGGCGGUACUAUGGGCGCUAGUCCAGCUCUACUUUCUCCACUAUCACGCCGUCCUUCCCAUCAUCCAGACUCCUCGGAUACCACGCGACCCCCAAUCCCUCGCUCGGUACGCCGCGGAAGACCCCUUCGUCCUCUCGUGCAUCGUCGUCAUCUCCUCGGCGCACCAUGAAGACCUAUCCAUUCGGCAGAUCCACGACAAGGUCUGGCGUCUCAUCCGGGAGACACUCGCGGACUUUACCUUCGGCGGUGUCGAAGCUAGCGUCGGACUCGUCGAGGGUAUGCUCCUUCUUGCCGAGUUUCUGCCCAAGGAGCCCAGGACGUCGGCGGUGUUGCUCAAGGGCAAGUCGGAGGGCGGAUUGCACGGGACGGAGAAUCGGCGUGGAUGGGCGAUGACCGGUCUGGCUAUUCGCGCGGCGUACGGGCUGCAGCUGGAUCAAGCGGCGCUCGAAACGCAGCCUCGGACGCUAGAGCAGGAACGGGCCAGACUUGUCUGGACGUGGUGUUACCUCUACGACCGGACGAUCGGCCUUCGAACCGGACUGGCCUUCUGGUCGCGCGGACCCAGCAUCUGCUUUUCGGGCUACUCGCAUAUCAGUCAAACGGGAGAAACGGCCGCUCGGGUCAACUUCCCCAGUAUGCUUUCGCCGACGCCGGCCGAGUUCUAUGAUGAGCCAUUAGAGGGGACGGGAGCCGGCGCCGACUCUGCCAGUCUGAUCCAGGCGCUCAUGGAGUUGACGCAGAUCAUGACGAAUGCGCAUGAUACGCUAUAUCCCAACAAGUCGAGGACGGAUGAUCUGGUCAGGCAGGGAGGGUACUUCAGGUUUCUUGAUUCGUUCCGCCGAGCACUGGAGUCUUUCAAAGCGGUCUGGCAAGCCAAGACGUGGGAAAAUCAGAGCCUCAAGGAGCUCACUUGGUGCACAUACGAGAUGGUCCGGCUGUAUGUGUCCAGCUUUGCAUUCCAGGCGCAUGUCCAGCGAGCGUGGACGAGGGCGGAGGGGACGACUACCGGUGUUCAGCUUUUCCCAAGAGGCUCUGCCACCUCUCCUGACGCGCUAUACAUUUACGCUUCGGUCGAUGCGGCGAAUGAGAUACUCUCCAUCUGUCUCCGCCUGUCGAAGCUCGGCGUCCUGCGCUAUCUCCCGAGUCGCUACCUCACCAACUUUGUCUUUGGCGGUGUCUUUUCCCUGAAGGCGGGUUACUCGGGCGCAGUUGGUCGGACCGAGAAUGCAAAAACCCGAGAACUGGUCGACAAAGUCUGCGCGGCUCUUGUGCUCGCGUCCCCAGACAGGGAACACCCUGCCUCGCGGUACGGUCAGAUGCUCCGCCUCCUCUCCAAGAAGCUCGAGCAGCUGUCAGACCAAAGCGCCGUCCCAUCCCGCUUCCCCAGUCCCGACCUCCAAUCUCAACCCAAAGAGGAGUCAUGGCAAGACCUCCUGGCGAAUCCGUCGUUCCGCUCUCUCGCUGGCGCCAGUACGGACGGGCCGGGCUUGAUGGCAUCGGGACUGGCGCACUCGGGUUUGACACCGCCCCAGACGGGAUUGGAGGGAUUGUUUGACGUGGACGUGGAUGUCAACUUCAAUUUGGAUGGGUUCUGGGAUGACUUUACGCUGGCGGAGGGAGGAGGGUUCCCGUUCAGAUGA